UUUUUUUUUUUUUUUUUCCCCACCUUUCUUUCACUAGUUCAUCUUUUUUUUUUCACUUCCUUUCCUUUUACCCUCCCUAUCCAUUCGUUACUAUAUUCUUUUUUCUUAUAUAUCCCUGUGUUUUAACAAUGGGGAACUUGUUUGCCACUUUAUUCCUUAUUGCCUUCUCUUUACCUUCUAUUUUAGCACAAUGCACAACACCAGCUCCUUCAGACCGGUAUUAUUAUGAUUUGGCCAGUGUGGACGAUAAAAAGUUAUAUGUGUUUGGUGGAACUUUGAAUAAAACAUAUAUGGAUACAUGGGCUCUCGAUCUUAGUCAACAGGUAGAUACAUCUUGUCCUCCUUGGUCUCAAUCUCCACCUCUUGCUACUACACAAUCCAUCAGCUCAUAUAUCUAUGGUGUUGCCUUUAGUCCUAACAACAAGAAUAAUUAUAUCUAUCUUCAAGGAGGUGAUGCUGAAACUACUGGUAUUCAACGUACUCCUGUUAUUUAUGAUACUCUUCAAGGAAACUGGUUACUCUCAAGCAUUUCUGGUUCUAUGACACCUCGAUCUCAAAUGACGGCUACAGUAGAUAAAAUCAACAACAAAGUAUGGAUAUUCGGUGGAAGAGUACCUUUUGAAUUUGGCAUGAGUGGUAAUAUCAAUACUUUCAAUGAUUUGUACUAUUAUCAAGUGAGUGAAAGUGGAACUGCUUUAACCAUCACUCAAGCCUCUAUCACGUCAUAUUAUGGAUCUCCCGCUGCUCGAUUUGGUCAUACAACAACGCUAGUGAACAAUCGAUUGAUCACUUUGGGUGGUUAUGUUAAAGUCAAUGAUACAACAAAGAUGAUUACUGAUUUUGCUAGUGCCUUUGUCUAUGAUAUCAAUACUGGGGUUGGAGUGGCUAUGGAAACAUUGGGUGAUAUUCCUUCCGCACGAACAGAAUUCUCUGCUGUGGCAGCUCAAGAUGGUCAAUCAAUUAUUAUUUUUGGCGGUGUGACAGCAGACGAUCUUCAGAAUGUGACAAAUGAUGUUUAUAUUUUGGAUACCUGUACAUUGACGUGGAGAAAGCAGGAAAUCAGUGGACAUGCUGAUGGUAGGGCAUUACAUCAAGCAUAUAUGCACGGACAAUUCAUGAUCACCAUGCUGGGCAUCAGUGGUCAUAAUCAAGGUGAACCUAUUCCCAACAACAAUCUUUCGAUUUUGGAUACCAAUCUGUGGUCAUGGACAUCUUCUAUUCCUUCUGGAUAUUCACCUGCCGGUAUCAAUUCAUCCCCAAGUUGUAGUUUUACAUUCCCAGCACCACCAGCACAACCUCAGACUCAUGGCAAUGCUCCCAAAAUAUACGACACCACAGUGAUCAGUAAUCCCAAUGCUCCCAGUACACAACUGACUAGCUCUGAAAAGGGAGGGAUUGGUGUAGGCGUACCACUCUUCAUCAUUCUAUGCCUUGGUGCAGCUUUCUUCUUUUACCGUCGUCAUCAACGCAACAAGACACGACAAUUGAAUCCUCGAUGGAUGCCUGGUGCUCUUUCCACGAAAUCAGAACAAGAAGGAAACAAUUAUCCUAUGUUUAAUUACAAUGAUCAACCAAGUACUGGAUUACGAACCUAUACUGCUUCCGAUCAUGAUCAAUGGGAAAGACAAUUGAUUCAAGAUGAACAACGACCUCAGGAUGAUACACCCAUGGCUCGACACGAAGAAAUUUGGUCAAGAAUGCGCGGAUUACAUGCCCCUGCUGAUGAAGAACGUCGUUAAUCUUUUUUUUUUUUUUCAGUCCACAUCAUCAGUUUAGUUCUUUUGUAUUCCCUAAUAUUAAUAAAGAAAAAUCAUUAUUUUUUUGAAGUCAUCACC